CAGACUUCAGACGGCAGGUCGCUAAGUUGCAAAGGAGGUCUCCCGCAUUGACACCAUCCCUCAUAAGCGGCGAGGCAACAAAUUCUUAGCUAGAGUAUAAUUUGACGUUGACUCUAUCUUGAUCAAUGCAUCGAUGCUCACGAAUCCGGCAAAUAUGUCGAGUCGUCCACAUCCCUGAACGUGCAGUAGGGGGACAGUCGGAUCGCUUAGACCGAACGGCGAAGAGGAGGACACCAUCAAAUGGUGCAGGAGACGCUGGGGUGUGCCGCUUACAUGCCCAUGUUUGCCAUCAUAGAAUGCAGAACACAAUCCAGGUCGUCGGUGUGCUCAUGGCGUUAAUCCUCGUGAUGGUGCUAAAUCCAGCAGCCCAAAAGCGUUCACAAGCGGAGACUGUUCAUGUCAUCGGGCCUCAUAGACUGCCCACCGUGGACGACCAGCCGAAUCUACCGUACGUCCGGGCGCUCGUGAAGGGCUGCGAUGGGCCGCAGCUAGUAGCGCUACUAGCGCUGCUGCAUCGAGUGACAGGAAACGGUAUUCAUCAGCCUUACCUGAUUUCGAAGGGACCGUGGGAUAUGCAGACGUGUGAUCCGUUCGCAUUAAAGCCAGAGCGCCUUACCACGACUUAACCUCACGCAAAGUCAUGUUCGACUUCGGGCGCCGAGUCUGCCUAGGCGCUGUCCUGUCAUGGA